GAACAUUUAUAUUAUUCAUUUAUUGUUAAUUAUAAUGUAUAAUAGUUAAAUUUGAGGGCAACCUUGGACCAUUAAAAUCCGUGGGCCCCAUGGAUUUGGUCUCCAAAAAAGGUGCAAGCAAACAAAGGAUUGUACCUAAAUCCUUGAUAGUUGGUUUUUUGGUACCAAAUCCAUGUACCAAAUCCUUGAAGCAAACGACCCCUACAUGUAAUUUUACUCAAACUACUUAGUGUUUUACCUUUAUGACCUCAGGAGUUGGAACCAAAUGAGAAUCUCAAUUUUUCAAGUAAUUUAUCUACAUUUAUCACGUUAUAAUUUUUUUCUUUAUUUUUUAAUAAAAGGAUGAAUAUUUUUAAUAUUUUCCAUUUAAAUUAAUUACUGGACCAACUGUCCAACUCUGCCCAAACAUCCAUCAUCUUUCCUAGUUUAAUUAUGGGCCCGGCCCAGGCCCAAACGAAUAUAGGAGAAUAAGAAAGAUUAUCCUAAAAAAAUAAAAGAGGAAUGUGUACGAAUAAUCCGAUUUCAACGCCCACCAGAAGCUUUAUACUCUCUGUUCAUGCUGCAACACUAUCUCCACCUUUUUUCCACAGAGAGAGAAAAGGGAACGGCCGAUUUCAGAGAAAAUGGAGAAUCUCAUUUCCCAAUUCACCCUGCUGGCGGACGAAGCCCUGCGAGACAAGCACUUCGACCCCUCCAGAAUCGACUCGGAUCUGAUGAAGCUGUUCGAAUUGGAGGCCUACAAGGCCUGGGCGGCGCUGGAGCUGGAGCACGAGCAGGAGGUCGAUUCUGCAGAGAGCGAGAUGGAAGCUGCAGAGGACGAGCUGGAAUCGGCGAUGGAGGCGGCGAUGGAGGAGUUCCGGAGGUUCGAGGAGGAGAUGGAGGGGAUGGCGAAGGCGGAGCUGGAGGGGCUGGAAAGGACCGGGGAGAAGGCGAGGAGGAUGGGGAAAGUGAUGGAGAAGGCGGCGUCGGCGGCUUCGAAGAGGUAUGUUGAGGCGGCGGUGAACUCGGCCACGGCGACGAUGAGGUCGGCUUGGAAAGGGGUUUCGAAGCAAAAGGUUCAUCCUGCGUAAUUUUUUUGGGUCUCGUUUGCUUUGUCUAAUUUCCUGCAUUACCCACCAAUAAGUAAACGAAUGUAAUCGUUCGAAUUUGGGAACAGAGGUUGUGUGUUCUUCCUUCCUUGUAAUGGCGAUUCUGCAGCAAAGAGAAGGCUGCUGAGGUAUUGGAAUGUUGUUUGAGGUAUUUGUAUUCAUUCAAAGAGAUUGUGUAGUGCAAGACAACUUUUUUUCUUCUUCUUUUCUCAUGAACAAGCACAAAAGGCAUAACUAAGAUAUGCUUUCUAGGGGUGGCAUUUCGAUUAUAACCGAUAAUCAAUCGGCCGGUAAUCGGUAAACCGAAAUAACCACUCCCCCUACCGAAAAUCGCCCGAAAUAGGUUUUGAUUUCUCGAUUAUCGGUUAACCGACCUACUUUUAAGACCAAAAAGCAUUUCGUCUAGCCACCGGUAACCAACCGAAGUUCGGUUACUUCGGUUACUGAUUAGUGGAUAACCGGCCGGUUAACCAGUAACUGAUAACCGAACUGCCACCCCUAAUGCUUUCUAUGGAUUACCAGGACAUUCAUUAUACUUUAGCAAACAUCUCACGACACGAGUUAACGACAACCAUGCAAUAUUUGUAUGAAAGUCCGUAUCAUCUCGUUGAGGACAAAUUUUGUUGUUCAUAUGUCAAGGGCUCGGAGAGCUCGUGGAGCAAGAUCUCCCUUAUUUUGGAGCGCCUUCCUUUCGUGUCUUAUAUGGUCGCGACCGUUUUGACACAUUUAACAUCAACUGAUCCAUCCUCCCUUUUGCCCUUAAUUAUAUCGAGAUGUAGAACUACUAUAGUUUUUUUUCUCUCUCUCUCUUUGGCUGUCUAGUCGAAUUUGGCACCAUCUCAAAAGAUGUAGGUCAAGGGAAGUCUUCGUCGUCAAAUACAAAGCCGCAAUCCAAGAAGAGUGUGUCCGAAGGACGUAGGAAGACAGAGACAGCAACUCAACUCUGAAUAAGGAAAAUCGAGUAGAAGUAGUCUCGCAAACAACAAUCGUCAAUUAUGUAUUGUGUGUGAUUCACAUCGGACCAAUUAUAUUAAAAAAAAAAAAAUAGUUGGUAAACACAAUAUAAUUGUUCAAUUUCCAACCAAGUAAUAAAAAAUUUCAUGGUGAUUGCAUCUUCUAAAGUAAAAGGCCAUUAUUCUG